UUUAUCCAAUGUGUCCUCUCUAUGUUGUUGCAUCUAUGGGGAACGAUAAAAACAUUGUAAACGGAAAUCAGAACAAAACACAAACACAACAUUUAAAAGGAAAAACAUUUAAACAACAACAAAAUACAAAAAUGGCUGAAGUUGCAGAAAUACUUGAAUUAACAAAAAUACCAGAAUUAUCAGAAAAACCAGAAUUAAUAGAAAGAGAAAAAACAACAAACAUAUCAGAACAAGAAGAAAUACAAAGAAAUACAAAAAUAAAAGAAUUAGAAAGAGUACCAGAAUUUCAUUCCAGUGUUUUAUUUCUUCCGGAAAAUACAGAAGAAGAAAAACAAGAAACACAAAACAUCAUUAAAACAAAACAAACAUAUCAACAAAACCAGAAUUUAGAAAAAACAUCAACAACAACAAAACCAGAAUUUGUAAAAACAUUACAAGAUCAGAAUUUAAUAAAAACAACAACAACAACAAAUUACAAUUACGACAAAAACAAAUCAGAAUUUGUAGAUGUUUUACAAAACCAGAAUUUAAUAACAACAACAACAACAACAAAUUACAAUUACGACAAAAACAAAUCAGAAUUUGUCAAUGUUUUACAAAACCAGAAUUUAAUAAAAACAACAACAACAACAACAAACAAUCACAACAACAACAAAUCAGAAUUUGUCAAUGUUUUACAAAACCAGAAUUUAAUAACAACAAAUAAUUACAAACCAGAAUUUGUAAAAACAUCACAAACUUCAAACAUUAAUUGUAAAAACAAACCAGAAUUUGUAAAAAACAUACAAAACAAGUUUGAUUUAAUAGAAACAGAAAGUGUUGCAUUUUAUGGGGAAAGAGAGAAAAGAGAAAAUGAACAAAACCGAAGAAUUUCAAUAAUUAAAAAUUGGGAAGAAAAAAGACAAGGAGAAGAGGAAAAAGAAAAAUUUGAAAAAAUUAACAAAAGAAGAAUAAAAAGAGGAAAAUCUCCUCCAAAAUAUGGACGUUAUUCUGAAUUUUUAAAUUCACCAAAUAAUUCAUUUUCAACAAAAACACCAACACCUAUUAAUACCCCUACAAAUUCUUUAAUAUUUUCCCCUGUUGAGGAGGAUGAGAAGAAGUUAAGGGAAUUGCUACUGAAACAACUUAUGCCUUCUUUUUAUAGAGAGGAACAAAAUUUUUUUAAUGAUUAUGACGAAGAGGAGGCGCCUAACGCCACGAUGGAAACAAAGGUAGCUUCAGGUGGACAGCCAAAACGUGUUGGAAAAUGGACGUUGUCUCAGCUGCGCCAGACUGAUGGUAUAAUUCCAUCCCAGGCCGGUUGGAACAAGGGAGACUCCCAAAAGUUGAUGACCAAUUUUGGUACUCCACGUAACACAACAACCAAAAUUCGUGCUGAAUGCCUUGCUGAUGUGCCUGAAGAAAUUGCUCUUAAAAGUCACGGUGAAGUACGUCUCCAAUCUGGUACUAACCGUUUUGCUUCGCAAAAGGGAAUGGUUGGAUUCGGGUAA